CGCACGUGCCGCCAUUUUCCCCGGAACUGGGUGGUGAGCGACCCGGACGCGGGCGGGUGGGCGGCGCCCCGGAAGCGGUGCGGGUGACCCGGAAGCGGUGCCCGCCGCCAUGGCGCUGUCCCCGUACGUGUUGGCGAUGCAGGAGCUGUUCCGCGCCAACACGCGUAGCCGCGAGUUCCCGGCGCACGGCGCCAAGGUGCACUCGGUGGCCUGGAGCUGCUGCGGCCGUCGCCUCGCGUCCGGCUCCUUCGACAAGACGGCCAGCGUCUUCGUGCUGGAAAAGGACCGGCUGGUGAAGGAGAACAAUUACCGCGGCCAUGGGGACAGUGUGGAUCAGCUGUGCUGGCACCCGAGCAACCCGGACCUCUUUGUCACCGCGUCGGGAGACAAGACCAUCCGUAUUUGGGAUGUCCGCACCACCAAGUGCAUUGCCACGGUGAACACCAAAGGGGAGAACAUCAACAUCUGCUGGAGCCCUGACGGCCAGACCAUAGCAGUGGGGAACAAGGACGACGUAGUCACCUUCAUCGAUGCCAAGACCCACCGCUCCAAGGCUGAGGAGCAGUUCAAGUUUGAGGUGAACGAGAUCUCUUGGAACAAUGACAACAACAUGUUCUUCCUGACCAACGGCAAUGGCUGCAUCAACAUCCUCAGCUACCCAGAGCUGAAGCCCAUCCAGUCCAUCAAUGCCCAUCCUUCUAACUGCAUCUGCAUCAAAUUUGACCCCAUGGGGAAGUACUUUGCCACAGGAAGCGCGGAUGCUCUCGUCAGCCUGUGGGAUGUGGAUGAGCUGGUGUGUGUGAGGUGCUUUUCCAGGCUGGACUGGCCCGUGAGAACGCUGAGCUUCAGCCAUGAUGGGAAGAUGCUGGCAUCUGCCUCUGAGGAUCACUUCAUUGACAUAGCGGAAGUGGAGACGGGGGAGAAGCUGUGGGAGGUGCAGUGCGAGUCACCCACCUUCACUGUGGCCUGGCACCCCAAGCGCCCGCUGCUGGCCUUCGCCUGUGAUGACAAGGACGGCAAGUACGACAGCAGCCGGGAGGCUGGCACCGUGAAGCUCUUCGGGCUCCCCAACGACUCGUAGCAGCACUCACGGACUGGGCACCAGGGCAGGGCGCGAGUCCCCCAGCGGCCCCAUUCAAUACCUGCAACAUUUCGUCUACCCUGCCAGCCAGGAUCGGUGGGCUGCUGGCAGUGUGGGGCUCCGUCUUUGGCUGUCUGCAAAGACCCCCAGAGCAGGGCCUGCAAAGAGCAGCUCCUGCGCUUGCAGGAGUGUGGAAAAGAUAUCUUGCUCUAGUGUCAGACUGUGCAGGGCAGCCUCCCAGGGGAAAAGAUCAGGGCCUCCGGCUCAGCCCUGCAGGACUGGGUGGGCAGCAGUCCCUGCUAGAACAGUUGGCUGAUAGCACAGCUACCCCUUCCCCCCCUGCCACGGUGCUGGGGUUGGGGGGUGCCCUGAAUGCAGCACGCUCAUUGCAGCGUUGGAGAAGCGUUGCUCUUGUAGAAGUGGCUGUAUGAAGCUGUCCCCCACCCAGGGUGGUGUUCUCCCUCCUGUCUUUGCUGGGCUGUUCAGCAUCAGGGAGGGAGUAUUUUUGUAUGGGUUUUUGUAAUUUUUGAUAAAUGCACUCCAAUAAAGGGAGUACAGCGCCA